GUUAAUGGUGCAAAAAAUAAAAAUAAAAACGUUACGUUCAGAGUAAGAAAAGCCAUUUACGCUAAAAAUGAUAAUUAUCACGGAGAAAGUCCCAUUUUAAACGUCCUGAUUUAACAAGACGAAGUCCGUUUUUUGUAGUCCAUCAUCUGUAGAUUGUAGUUUUAAGAAACCCAAACCCACGUGACCGCCCUGACAUCCGCCCAGUGAGGAUUCCUCUAUCGCCAAGGUUUUCUGUCUUUAUUCGCGCUUUUUCUCUGACAUUUUUAACCUCGACGUCAGAGAGGUGGAUGAGGAGUUUAACCUGAGGGUCCCUCUUCAGCAGACCCCUCCUCUACCCCGGGUUUCUACAGUUUCAGGUCCAACCCCGGACUCUGAGUUAAUUCACCCUGGAAUGGGAAACCCUGAGUUUCCGGUUCCAUAUCAGCAGUCUGAGUUAGCUAACUCUGAGUACAUCCACUCGGAGUUGACUCCACUGUAAAGACUAUAAAACAAGAGUAAUAGGAGGACUCAUGAUGGCAGCAGGAGAUAAAAAACGGUCCUCGUACUUCACCAUGCUGGAGCUGGAGAUCCUGAUGAAGUCCUACAGCGAGUACGAGCACAUCUUCAGGAGGAAGAGCAACACAGCAGCAGCAGCCAGGGAGAGAGAGGCAGCAUGGGAGGACAUAGCAGCCAGGAUCAACGCACUCAAGUCCAGCGGAGAAACCCGGACCUGGAAGCAGGUGAAGAUGAAAUACAAGAACAUAGUUCAGACAGUCAACAGAAAGAGGGCCGGGCUCUUUAGACUGGAAGGAGGACCAGCAUCCCCAGAGGACCAGAUCCUCAGUCUAAACAUGGAGAUACCAGAGGCCGAAGACAUCCCUGCAGGGAGCUCCCCUGAUCCAGCCAACCCCCCCGACACCAGGACCUUUAUAAGUAAUCCUGAUGGUGUUCUCUACCUGGUGGAGCCACAUGGAGCAUCAGAACUCCUCCAACCUGAAGAAGAGGAUGAGGAAGACGCGCUGUCUGCUGCCACAGAGAGGGAUCCAGAGAGACCCAUAGAGAGCAUGGUAGUAAAGCAGGAGGAGGCUCCAGCCCCCACAGCAAAGAUAAACACAUUACCAGUGAAGGAACUGUACAGAAGGCAUCUCAUCAAAAAGAUGAAGAAAACUGACAAGGAAAUGAUGUUCUUGGACCGGCAGAUUCAGAAGGCAGAUCUGGAAAUAGAAAUACUAAAGCACCAGUUAGAGGAAAUAAAGACGACCAAAUAAAUGUGA